UGGAGAUAGAAAUGAAUUGAUUUAAAGAAAUCCAAUAGAUAUUUUGAGAUGGGAUUUCGACGUUAUUUAACUUUUUGAGGAUCAAGGAAAUCGGAUAAAAGGGAAAUUUUCGUGGGUCACCUGUCGAGUGAGAUUAAAUUUAAUGAAAAUUUUGCUUGUCAUUAGCAUUUGCAAUUUGUUUAGAAAUUACUGCAAAAUAAGGCACGUGUCAUUUUACGAAAUGGCGAAUCAAAGUAAUGUCGUAAGAAUUGCUAAAGCACUCGCAACUUUUCAUUUCAACUUAUCAUGCCAAGAACUAUAUUUCGGAAAUGACGAGGAAUUAACGUCAUUGAUCUACAGAACAUUGAAUGCCAGUUGCGUGUACGCAAACGUGUCACGAAAUGACUCAAUUAAAUUCCGUGGAAAUGGACGAAGGUUUCAAAUGUCGCAGUUAAUAAAUAAGCACAGAGAAACUAAACUAAUGAGUCAUAUUUUUGUCCUACGUUUUAACACUGCACAAGCCCAAAAAUAUUAAAGAAAAAAAAAAACAGAAAAAAAAUGUUACAAAAG